AUGCACAUGCUUCACCUGGGUAGGCUCCAGAUGCAUAGGGUUCCCUUGGUCAGGUUUGAGAUUUGCACUCCUCUACAGGUUAUGCCUGCUGAUGCUGCUCAUCAAGGACCUCACCCUUCUCAAGUAAAGGUUCUUUCGGAGUUUCAUGGACCUCAUGACCUUGGACCUCAUGAGCUUGGUCAUCAUUCUGACCAUCUUGGUGAGCCUCUUCAUCAAGGUGGGAAUGCUGAUGAUCUUGGUGAUGAUGUUGGUGAUGAGGCUAAUUAUGGUCAAGAUGCAACUGGUGGUGUUCUUGUUGAUGCUCAAGAUGCUGAUGGUGUUCAUGUUCAUGCUGCAACUGGUGGUCUUCAUGUUUAUGCUCAUGCUGCUGAUGGUGAUGGUCAGGAUGAUGGUCAUGAUGAUGGUCAGGCUAAGGGUCAUCAUGCACAUCAGCAACAGUCUGAGUAUCAUGCUGAUUGUCAUGAUGAUGGUCAGUCUGAACAUCAGCAUCAGUCUGAGCAUCAUGCUGAUGUUCAUGAUGCUGACCUUGGUGAUCCGUAUUGGUUGUAG